CAGGUGUGUGCCCGGUGGCAUGGUAUGUGUGUUGGGUGGCAGUGUGCGCCUGUUCUCUGGGUGUGCACCCGGUGGCAGAGUGUGUGUGUUCUCCUGGUGUACACCCAGCAGCAGGGUGUGUUGUCUCCUGGUGUGUUCCUAACAGCAGGCUGUGCAUAUUCUCUGGGUGUGCACCUGGUGGCAGGGUGUAUGUGUUCCCCCGGUCUAUGCCCGGCAGCAGGGUUUGCGUGUUCUCCGGGUGUGCACCUGGUGGCAUGGUGUGUGUGUUCGGUGGCAGGGUGUGUCUGUUCUCUGGGUGUGCACCUGGCAGCAGGAUAUGCAUGUUCUCCGGGUGUGCGCCCAGUGGCAGGGUGUGCCUGUUCUCCGGGUGUGCGCCUGGUGGCAGGGUGUGUGUGUUCUCCCGAUGUACAUCCAGCAGCAGGGUUUGCGUGUUCUCAGAGUGUGCACCCUGUGGCGUGGUGUGUGUGUUGGGUGGCAGGGUGUGACUGUUCUCUGGGUGUGCACCUGGCAGCAGGAUAUGCAUGUUCUCUGGGUGUGCGCCCAGUGGCAGGGUGUGUGUGUUCUCCCGAUGUACGUACAGCAGCAGGGUUUGCGUGUUCUCCGGGUGUGCACCUGGUGGCAUGGUGUGUGUGUUCAGUGGCAGGGUGUGUCUGUUCUCUGGGUGUGCACCUGGCAGCAGGAUAUGCAUGUUCUCUGGGUGUGCGCCCAGUGGCAGGUUGUGUGUGUUCUCCCGAUGUACGUACAGCAGCAGGGUUUGCAUGUUCUCCAAGUGUGCACCCGGUGGCGUGGUGUGUGUGUUGGGUGGCAGGGUGCGGCUGUUCUCCGGGUGUGCGCCUGGUAGCAGGGUGUGUGUGUUCUCCCAGUGUACACCCGGCGGCAGGGUGUGUUGUCUCCUGGUGUGUUCCCGGUGGCAGGGUGUGCACAGUCUUUGGGUGUGUGCCCGGUGGCAGGGUGUGUGUGUUCCCCCGGUGUACGCCCGGCAGCAGGGUUUGCGUGUUCACCGGGUGUGUGCCCGGUGGCAGGGUGUGCCUGUUCUCUGAGUGUGCGCCCGGCUGCAGGGUGUGCCUGUUCUCCGGGUGGGCGCCCGGCCGCAGGGUGUGUGUGUUCUCCCAGUGUACACCCAGCGGCCGGGUGUGUUGUCUCCUGGUGUGUUCCCAGCGGCAGGGUGUGCAUAUUCUUUGGGUGUGUGCCCAGUGGCAAGGUGUGUGUGUUCCCCUGGUGUGCGCCGGGCGGCAGGGUGUGCCUGUUCUCCGGGUGUGUGCCCGGCGGCAGGGUGUGCCUGUUCUCUGGGUGUGCGCCCAGCGGCAGGGUGUGCCUGUUCUCUGUUCUCUGGGUGUGCGCCCGGCGGCAGGGUGUGCCUGUUCUCUGGGUGUGCGCCCGGCGGCAGGGUGUGCUUGUUCUCCGGGUGUGCGCCUGGUAGCAGGUGUGUGUGUUCUCCCAGUGUACACCCGGCGGCCGGGUGUGUUGUCUCCUGGUGUGCUCCCGGUGGCAGGGUGUGCAUAUUCUUUGGUUGUGUGCCUGGUGGCGUGUUGUGUGCGCCCGGCGGCAGGGUGUGCCUGUUCUCCGGGUGUGCGCCCGGCGGCAGGGUGUGCCUGUUCUCCGGGUGUGCGCCUGGCGGCAGGGUGUGCCUGUUCUCCGGGUGUGCGCCCGGCCGCAGGGUGUGCCUGUUCUCCCGGUGGGCGCCCGGCUGCAGGGUGUGCCUGUUCUCCGGGCGUGCGCCCGGCGGCAGGGUGUGCCUGUUUUCCGGACGUGCACCCAGCGGCAGGGUGUGCCUGUUCUCCGGGUGUGCGCCCGGCCGCAGGGUGUGCCUGUUCUCCGGGUGUGCGCCCGGCGGCAGGGUGUGCCUGUUCUCUGGGUGUGCGCCCGGUGGCAGGGUGUGUGUGUUCUCCCAGUGUACACCCGGCGGCCGGGUGUGUUGUCUCCUGGUGUGCUCCCGGUGGCAGGGUGUGCAUAUUCUUUGGGUGUGUGCCUGGUGGCGUGUUGUGUGCGCCCGGCGGUAGGGUGUGCCUGUUCUCCGGGUGUGCGCCCGGCGGCAGGGUGUGCCUGUUCUCCGGGUGUGCGCCUGGCGGCAGGGUGUGCCUGUUCUCCGGGUGUGCGCCCGGCCGCAGGGUGUGCCUGUUCUCCGGGUGUGCGCCCGGCGGCAGGGUGUGCCUGUUCUCCGGGUGUGCGCCCGGCGGCAGGGUGUGCCUGUUCUCCGGGUGUGCGCCCGGCGGCAGGGUGUGCCUGUUCUCCGGGUGUGUGCCCGGUGGCAGGGUGUGCCUGUUCUCCGGGUGUGUGCCUGGCGGCAGGGUGUUGGUUAUUCUGUCUGUGUAAACUAGGGGGACCAGACAGCAAACGUGAAAAAUCAGGAGGGGGGUGGGGGGAAUAGGAGCUUAUAUAAGACCCAAA